CCGACGCCGACGCCGCAGCGGCGCCACACGCGGUCGGCAGCUGCAGCAGUGGCAUUUCGUUUUUGUGUUCAGGCCGGACCGGCUACGGCGGUUUCCUCUUAUCACCGCGAGACUUAAUCGGCACCGUCCGAUCCUUAUCUCAACUGAAUCGCAGCCGCCGCCUCCGCCUCGCCCCCACUCGCCUGCCGCCUCCCCGCCGGCCAGUUUCCGGGCACCUCGCCGCCUCCGCCUCCGCCUGAUUCUUAUUAUGCUUCGCCUUCGCCUCCGUCCUUGCCCACACUUCUCUCGGGCGUCUCCGCCGGCAUCCCACCCCGCCCUCCCCCGCCGGCUGGCCGCUUCUCCGCUCCCAGAGCUCCCCUUCCCAUCCACCGUCACCGCGCUCCGAACCCGAACCCCUCCGCUCCAGGCCGCCUUCCGCCGAGCCGCCUCCGGAGAGGAGCAACGGGGCGUGGAUGAGGACAAGGAGGACGCGGGCCUGGACAAUGCACUCACCAAGACACGGCAGCUCGUCGAGUGCGCCAUGUUCGCAUCCGUUGCUGGCCUCGCCUACUUCCUCAGCAACUCCCUCGCCAUCGAGAAUUACUUCAGCUGUUUUUUCCCAUUGCCGAUAGUCAUCUCCUCCUUGAGGUGGGGGUUAGAAGCUGGCAGGAAAACCAUGGUGGCUACUGUUUUACUGCUCUUCACAUUGUCAGGCCCUGUCAAAGCAUCGACUUAUCUGCUUAUGCAUGGUGUAGUUGGUCUAGCCAUGGGUACUAUGUGGAGGUUGGAGACCGAUUGGAUUGCUUCCAUCAUAAUCUGCUCAAUUAUCCGUGCGGUGGGAGCUUGUGGAUAUGUGUUAGUGUCAUCAUUCCUGAUACGAGAAAAUAUUCUUCAAUUGAUAACCGUUAGUGUACAUGCCUCCUUAACGUAUAUUCUGGCAGCGGCUGGUGUGAACACAAUUCCAUCCAUGGAUGCAAUAUAUGUAAUCUUUGGGACACUGCUUCUACUUAAUUGUGGAUUCUUUGUCUUCAUACUGCAUAUAAUUUACACAAUCUUCCUGACCAAGCUUGGAAUCAAGCCAUCGCUGAGACCUCCACGAUGGCUGGGUAAAGCAACUUUUAGUUGAUGGGUAGAAUGCCACCAUACUCAUUUGUAGUUGGAGGUUAGCGCCCUGACUGAACUUGCAGCAUUUUGGUGUUACAAAUGCUCCCCCAUCACCAGCAGCAUGCCGGCAUGGCAAUUGUGGCCUUUGUAAUAUGAUCAUUAUUAUCCGGCUUCCUGGUGCAUGACUGUGAUUUUCCCGACAAGAUUUUUGGUGAUUGCGAUUCGUUAUUGGUGCAAUUGACUGAUCGACAAGUGUUCUAAACUUGUGAGACUUGGUAUAUUGUCCCAGCCACUUCUUUCUUUUUAAGAAAAAGUUCAAUUUUUUGCAUUCUCUUAACCUUGUCCAUUAACUAUAUAUUUUAAGUUUUUGGGGGAUUACUCCCUGCAUCUCAAAAUGUAGGUCCUAUUCAUUUUGUCCAAACUCAAACUUUCUCAAGUUUGAUUUCUGGCAUUCCAUUAACCUUUUCCUGUUAACUGUGUAAUUUAAAAUGUUCGGGUAUUACUACACCAUGUUUUUAAGUUCUCUCUGCAUACAUUAAUGUCGAAUCUAGAGCAUUGACUCUCACGAACUCUUUGUGAAGACAAUGCCUUGUUCUCUGUCCUUUUACAUGCCUUCCACACGAGGAAUAAUGCUUAGCGACAUGGUUUAUAUAUGAUGUCUUUCUUGCAAGCGCCAAAGAGGUACGGUGAGUUUAGGGCAACUCCACCGCGGAUCACCAAACGGACGGCACCAAAUGUCCACAGACAGCAGGUGGGGCGCCGGCCAUCCAACCGUAGGAAUCAAAUGUCUCCCGCUCAGUCUUUUUUCAUAUGCCCGGGGUAUUGAAAAUAAUUGAAGAUAAAUAGCACAAUUCUUCAAAAAUUGAAAGAUAGAUAAAUAUUACAAUCCAAACAAAAAGUUUUGAAUGA